GAGAGAGAGACAGAGAGAGAGAGGAGACUGUGGGAGAAGCAGCAGCUUUUCCCCUCUUUUAAAAUUCCCUUGCUUUUCUGAUUACUGGCAAAAGACAGUGUCGAAGGAGGGAUCAUCAGCUAGGCAAGAUGGGCACUCUCAAACUACUUUUGGCUCUGAUCUUCCUAUCUUUGCAGAUGUUUCGUUUCGAAGGGGAAGCAGUGGUUGUGCCAGCAUCGCAAGAAGAGGAGCUCUCUUUGAGAGACCUAGCCCCCAAGGUAACUUUGGGUUACUCCUGGAUUUGGGCACGGGAGGUAUUUCGCGAGAGCACGAGCUUAACCGUGUCAACUUUUCUCUUUUUUUCCUCUUUUCUUUUUUGCCUUGUAUCGCUUUGUUCCUCUACGAUAGAAAUUCUUUCGAUAAAACAUUAAUGCCAGCUCAGGGUCAAAUCCUAUUGAAAUCAGUGGGGCUCCCUUUCUCAAGCGAGUGGGGUUCGGAUCGCAGCCUCGGGGUUCGUGGUUUUAAAGACUGAAGGAAUGAAAGUAGUGGUGAAUUUUUUGAUGGGUGUAUUUUACUGCAAAUGUGGGGAAACAGAACAUCAGGACUGCUAACAUUCUCCCCUCUCCCCAACCCCCCAGGAUGAUUUUUAAGUAUUUAAAUAGAUUAAUACAUUAAUCGAUUUACUGGACAAAUCAACACUCUGUGCUAUAAGUUCUACACCUGUUAAAUUAAAAAGUAAUAAUAAUAAUAAUAAAGGGGUACAAGUCAAAUAAUUAUAUAUUUAUGCUUCACUAAUAGCCAGCAAGGUGGCUUUCCAAAAUUUCAAAUUAUUAUUUUCGGGCAGCCGGGAGUGUGUAAAUUAUAAAUAGGAUGCUUUGCACAGUCAGUUAUGACAAGAUAGACCUUUGUGCAUGUGCGUUGAACCACUGGUGAUGUUUCGUGUUGUUGUUGUUGUUGUUGUUUAAUUGUAAGCUGCAGUGAAAGUCCUCUGAGUGAAACUUGGGGUGUAUGACUUUUUGAAAGAAAUCGGUCGCUGUGUUUCACUUUGGCUGUGGUGUACAAGUAGCUCUCCUGUUGACAGUCAGGUAGGAAAUAAUCUUACAUGAUAGGCAGCCCUGAAACACAAAAGAGGUCAACCGAGAGGUUGCCUUAAACCGUUUUCAUCAAUACAGAAGGUGGCACACUUUCGAGUUACAAAGAAUGCCUGAUCAGGUGGCUGUGUGCUGUGCUGUUCGGAAGGUUACAUACUUUGAACCAGAAACCAGUGCCUAACCAUGCCUAGCACAAAACACAAGGCACAGAGGUACUGUGUACAUUUCCUCAUUGAUGAACAUAUCAUUUUCCUGCCCCUUGCCCCAGGCUCUUUUGUACGACAUCCUCCUGCCUCAGGGCUGGAGAACCUGUUAUGCGCCAUUUGCACCACCCAUUAGAAACACUCUUGUGCCACUUUAACAGCCAUGGAUCAGCAUCCUGGGAAGUGCAGUUUGUUCAGGGUGCAGGCCUCACAGAGCUACAACUCCCAGCACCCCUCAAGAGUUCCCAGGAUUCGCCUUGCCUUCUAAAGUGGUCCAAGAGUGCAGUGUGUGUGUCCGUCCAAAUGUGGCUGGAUUCCCAGCUCUUACCAGCUCCAUCCAGCAUAGCCAAUGGUCAGGUAUGAUAGGAGCUGACAUCCAGCCAUAUCUCAUGGGAGGCACAAAUUUAGCAUCCAUGUCUGACGGGGUCCUGUUUCUCAGAUACAGUGGUACCUCGGGUUACAUCCACUUCUGGUUACAUACACUUCAGGUUACAGACUCCGCUAACCCAGAAAUAGUGCUUCAGGUUAAGAACUUUGCUUCAGGAUGAGAACAGAAAUCGGGCUCCGGUGGCGCGGCGGCAGCAGGAGGCCCUAUUAGCUAAAGUGGUGCUUCAGGUUAAGAACAGUUUCAGGUGAAGUACGGACCUCCGGAACGAAUUAAGAACUUAAACUGAGGUACCACUGUAUGUACUUGCCCCAGCUUAGAGAGCUAGAAGAGGCUGUGAGCACACAAUUGUUCAGGCUUCCACUUGGCAGUGGCAGCCCUGGAUAUCUUGUCUGUGUUACCAGAAUGGCUAGAUGCCUGUGCUUCCAGCUUUACUGUGCCUUGAGCAGCAGCUCCACCUAUAGAGAUCAGAUUCCCUUGCUGGAUCAGGUUUGAUGGCACGUUCAUGCCAUGAGGACUAGCGACUUGCUUCUUGAAAACAUGGAGAACCUGCGUCUGCUGUGCGGAUUCCAAGAAACAAUCAGGAGGUGUGAUCCUGGCCUCAUUCCUUGGAGUGCUUCCCUAGAGUGGGUUCUUGCUUACUUUUCAAGCCACUCCUCAGUCAAAAAACCCUCUGGCCUUUUCCAGGAUGACCGUCUGCAGAGGAGAGCCUUCCAGGACUUCGCUGACUUGGUGAAGAGGGGAAAACUCCAGCAGUUCUACGGCUUGAUGGGGAAACGGGCCAGAGGUGAGUAAGGAGUCCUUGCAAGUUGGCCUUAUAGCAGAAGCCCCUUGCUUUUGGGCAUUGUCUGUGGCAGGGAGUGCUCCGUUAGAGUGGCUACUUUUUCAUUUUAAACAAUGGGUGGGGUGCCUCAAGCCCAGAGGGCAACCUUGACCCUCCAUGUGUCCCUCUGGAUUCUCUUCAAUCCCACCCCUUCUUCCCAGGCCAUAUCCCUCAUGAGACUUGCCUUGCACCCUCCUUGAGUGAAGACUCUCCAAGUUAUGGUUACCAGAUGUCCCCGUUUCCCGGGGACAGUCCCCGGAUUUACAUAUCUGUCCCUGGACAAAAUCUGUCCCCGGAAUGUCCCCCGAUUUCAUUUAAUGUCCCCGGAUUUAUAUUUUAAGUGUUGUAGAUUUAUUAGUAGGGAAUGAAUGUUGUGUGGUUGGUUCAACGGCACAAGACACAUCAUAUGGGGAAUUCCGGUGAGGCAAAAUGGCGGGCGCCACAGCAGCGAGCAGCUUCUGAAGCCAGCCAGAGCCAACUGCACUGCCAGGCUGGCUCUGGGCUGCUGAGACUGCCGCUGCCACUGUCAGUGCUGAGGGGGAACCAGGGACUCCCAGUGCGUCAACUGGGGGAACCGCUGACACACACACCCCAUGACCCAAAUCGAGCCGGGAGCGAGCCACCCGGCCGACUGCCCAGUGGCACUCCGGGGCCAGGAAAACCCUGGAGCUGACGCAGGGAGAAGGGGGAGAGGAGAAGGAGAACAGAGAGAGAGGAAGAGGAAGGAGAAGAAAGAGGGGAGCCCCGACCUUGCCCUGCCGCUGCCGCCGCUGAGGAGGAGAGGUAGGGAAGCACCGGGAGGGCAAGGACACGUGGCCGAGUCCAGACCCGACCCGAGUCUACUCCAUGGUGGCUAACACUCCAAGAGAGCAGGCAGGGACCCAGAGGAAGGCCAUGCGACAAAGGAGACCACAGAAGAGAAGAUAUUACUACUUCUUUUUUUUAAAAAAAAGUGUCCCUGGAUUCUUUGAAAAAAAUCUGGUAACCUUACACCAAGUGUCCCUAUUUUCCAGGGACAGUCCCAGAUUUGCAGAAGCCGUCCUGGUUUCUGAUUUGAUCCCGGAAGGUGGAAGUCCCUCUUUUCAUCAGAGAAAUGUUGGAGGGUAUUGAGUGUUGCUUACAGUGUUUCUUCAGAAGUUGAACGGAAUCCGUUCCGAAAGUGCGUCCGACUUCCAUAAUGUUCAGAAACCAAGGCGUGGCUUCUGAUUGGCUGCAGGAAGCUCCUGCAGCCAAUCGGAAGCCGCGGAAGCCGUGUUGGACGUUCGGGUUCCAAAGAAUGUUCACAAACCGGAACACUCACUUCCGGGUUUGCAGUGUUUGGGAGCUGAAACAUUCGUCUUGCAAGGUGUUCAGGAUCCAAGCUACAAUUGUAUUAUUAUUAUUAUUUGUUUGUUUGUUUGCUGUUUUUUUGUUUCUUUGCUUGCUUGCUUUUCUGUUAUAUCUCACCGUCAAUACAUACUACGUUACAGUCAUACAUAAAAUAAUAAGAGGAAGAUAGUGCGGAUAUAAAACAUAAUCAUAUGAUAGUAAUAACAUAUUUACAUUCUUCCAAUAUUAUUUAAAUCCUACAUAUCCCUUCCACUCUUUCCAUGGUUUCCUAUCUAUUCUUUUAACUGAGGUUUUCUUACUCUGCCAAAUUAUUUUCAUUACCUUGCAUAAUCUCACGUUGUAACAUCUACUACCGAGUAUUUUUUCAACCUGUUAUGAUUAUUUUCUUGCUAUAAUAUUUUUCCAUAUAAUCCGUAUUGAGUGUUUCUAUUAUUUAUUUAUUGAAUUUGUGUACCACCCUUUAUCCAUAGAUCUGAGGGUGGUUCGCAACAGAAAAAUACAAUUUUUUUUAAAAAAAACCCCACUCUGUUAAUGCCUCAAGCUUGCCAAAAUGGAGGGGUGUGUUCGUGUGUGGAAACUAGCCUACAAAUAUAAUAUUUCCAUUCAUUGCCCUGCACACUUUUGCCUCUGGGCUCUAACCACUGCUGGCCUGUGGCCUUGGGUUGCAAAAGACACACACACACACCGGUUUCUUUCUUUUCUUUUUUUAAAUGAUAUUUAUUAAAAUUUCAGAAAAAAGAGUUACAUAAAAACAAGAAAAGCAAAAACAAAAGACAGAAGUAAAAAUACAAGAAAAAUACAAAAUACAAAAUACAGAAUAAAAGAAUAAAAACACUUUAAAAAAAGAUCAAUCUUUCCAUGCCUUACAUUCAUAUCCUUGUUUCCCUGACCUCCUCAUACCUCCCUUUUUGUGUUCCAAUUCAAUUAGUUAAUUCAGCAAUUUCUUUCCCUCUUUAUUUUCUCUUAAUCCUUUAACUUAAUAUACUAUAACUUUAAAUUUUCACCUGUUAUCGAUCCAUUUUUACAUACACCUUUAUAGCAUUACUGCUUAAACCACCUAACUUCAUUCUAACAUCAUUCUAACAUUCAUUAAUUUUGCAAUAUUUCUGUAGAUAGUCUUUAAAUUUCUUCCAAUCUUCUUCCACCGACUCUUCUCCCUGGUCUCGGAUUCUGCCAGUCAUUUCCGCCAAUUCCAUGUAGUCCAUCACCUUCAUCUGCCAUUCUUCCAGAGUGGGUAGUUCUUGUGUCUUCCAAUACUUUGCAAUAAGUAUUCUUGCUGCUGUUGUGGCAUACAUAAAGAAAGUUCUAUCCUUCUUUAACACCAAUUGGCCCACUAUGCCCAGGAGAAAGGCCUCUGGUUUCUUCAAGAAGGUAUAUUUAAAUACCUUUUUCAAUUCAUUAUAGAUCAUCUCCCAGAAAGCCUUAAUCCUUGGGCACGUCCACCAAAAGUGAAAGAAUGUACCUUCAGUUUCCACACACACCGGUUUCAUGCCUACACCUGUACCUUUAACAGCCAGCGGUUAUAAAUGAACCAAACCUUGCUUUUCUCGGCACCUCCAUGCUGGGAACAGCUGUGCCAAAUGAAUCCCUGUCUUUUCCUUCAGAAAGGGGUGGGAAGGUGGCAAGGCAACCUUUUCCCCAGGGGAUCCUUCAUCUAAGAUGAGCUCCGUGAUCUUGCUAGAGGCAGAAUGCAUUUUCCCCUCUCUGGAAAAGUGUUGCAGAGAGGUAGGAAGGAACAUAGGUCCUUAUUUUCCAGGGACAGUCCCAGAUAGUCGCUAUGGGUGCCACACCGCCCCUGGGUGCGCCACACCAGGUGCCCGAGAGGCUUCCUCCGCUGCUGCCUCCCACCACUCAUCAUCAUCCCACCAUCACUCCCCAGGCUCUAAGCCUUCUUCCCUUGGGGGUUCCCUAGCUGGUUCCUCCAGCCACUCCUCUGCAACCAACCAGUCCAUGACAUGCAGCCCUAACUGGAGAUGAUCAAAUCUGAGGACUUCUGCAUGCAAAGUAGAUGAUCAGCCACUGGUCUAGGACCCAUUCUGCAUGCUAAGGCGCUCUUCCACUCUGCUUUAUAUGUAUUUUAGGUUUGUGACAUGUAAUGUGGCCCUCUCCACUUUUUCUGGUAUUCAUAAUUUUGAGGAGAGACGUCCAGCUUUCACAGGGAACAGUCAAGGUAUGGUAUAUCCAGCAGAAGCACACCCAAAGGGGUGUCCCAAAUACAUUGCUUACAUUUGUGAACUGUCUUCCUCCCCAAAUGCAUCUGAGAGUGCUCAGAAAGUACCUAAUUUCUGUGCCAACCUGUGCCCCUCUGUUUGCCACCCUAGGGCACCAAGGAGAGAUGUUUAGAGGGCUGAUGGGAUGAUGAUGCUCCUCUUGAGGUGGGUUGAGACUGAGGGUCUCAUUUCCCUACAUUUCUUAUCGUUUCCACCCCACCCAACCCCUUAAUGCGCAUAUAUAUAUAUAUAUUCUGCCCUUUUCAUUGAUAAUAUGUAGGGAGUUCGCAAUAAGCAAUAAAAAGACAAUAGCAACAGAAAUUUCUGCUAUGCAACAAAGGAAUUCGAUAAUCACAAGUGUCGAUCUGCUCAAAGAAAUAACUUAAUUUGUUUGCUUGUAUUUGGGUUAGUAGUGGUGUUAUUGGGAUGCAGGUGGCGCUGUGGGUUAAACCACAGAGCCUAGGGCUUGCCAAUCAGGUUGGUGGUUCAAAUCCCCUUGAUGGGGUGAGCUCCCGUUGCUCGGUCCCUGCUCCUGCCAACCUAGCAGUUCGAAAGCACGUCAAAGUGCAAGUAGAUAAAUAGGUACUGCUGCGGCGGGAAGGUAAACGCCGUUUCCGUGCGCUGCUCUGGUUCGCCAGAAGCGGCUUAGUCAUGCUGGCCACGUGACCCGGAAGCUGUACGCCGGCUCCCUCAGCCAGUAAAGCAAGAUGAGUGCCGCAACCCCAGAGGCAGCCACGACUGGACCUAAUGGUCAGGGAUCCCUUUACCUUUACCUUUAGUGGUGUUAUUAUCAGAGGCUGAUUUAGGGGAGCGUGACUGAUUCUCCAGCACUGGGCGCCGUAACAAUGACUUACAACGGAAGGAGAGGCGGGGGACGGGAGGUGCCAAACUUUGGUGUUGCACAGGACCCUGCUAAAAUUUGAAAGCACAAAGUCUGCCACUGGUUAUUAUGCUCCUAGUGAUUAGACUGAAUUUGUCUAAAUAGGUCAAGUAUUGUUGUUAUUAUGGAGUUUUAUUGAGAGCAACAUCUUUGCCUCAGGCAAGACAAAAAAAUUACGUAUUUUGUUUUUAUUUUUUUGCUGAUCCCCAAUUUCUUCUCUUCUCCCAGAGCCGGCACAGGAAGGGGCAAGCAGAGAGCUACUUCCACCUUGGGCAUCUUAGGCGAGAUCUACUGCUUGGUACCAUUUCCUCCUCUGCUCUACAGCCCCUGUGGAUAUUAUGUCGCCUGUUUCUUGAGUAGCCAAGAAUGGCAAACAUUUUGUGUGUUUUACAGUUCCCAUUAUAUCUCCUUCCGUUGUUAAGCGCCAGCCUGGUAGCAUAAAUGUGUUUGCGAAUCUGUGGGCUGUCUUCUCUUUCUCUCCACCAUGUUCUUGUGAAGUAAAGCCAAGAUGGAGAGGCGGCAGGUUUAAAAAAGAAAAAAAAAGGCCAUCGUAGAGUUUGUGACUUUAAAUGGGGUUGGCAGUGGCGACUGGCGUUCAUUGGGACUGGUCAGGUGACGAGCAGGUCAAGCCAGAGCCAGUGACAGGUACAGUCAACUAAUUCCAAGUCUUGUCUGCCGCCUGCUCCUUGCUGAAUUUGCUCAAAACUAAGAAGUUGGCAGAUAAUAGCCUUUGUCCAGCAGAAC